UGAUACUUUAAAAUAAUCGAUUCAUUUCCGAAAGGGAAGAAAGAGAAGUCGCAGAGCAAAGCUAAGCUUCGAUAAUCGAUGGCGGAGAAGAGUUUCAAGUUCGUGAUCCUCGGCGGUGGUGUUGCUGCUGGAUAUGCAGCAAGGGAGUUUGGCAAGCAAGGAGUGCAGCCUGGUGAGCUGGCAAUUAUUUCCAAGGAGGCGGUUGCUCCAUAUGAACGCCCCGCUCUCAGUAAGGGAUAUCUCUUCCCUGAGGGAGCUGCAAGACUUCCUGGAUUCCAUGUCUGUGUUGGAAGUGGCGGAGAGAGAUUGCUUCCUGAGUGGUACAAGGAAAAAGGGAUUGAAUUGAUCCUUAGUACGGAAAUAGUAAAAGCAGAUCUUCCAGCCAAGACUCUAGUAAGCGCAGCUGGAGAAAUAUUUAAGUAUCAAACUUUGAUCAUUGCAACUGGUUCCACAGUUAUAAGAUUGACAGAUUUCGGAGUGCAAGGAGCUGAUGCCAAAAACAUCUUCUACUUAAGAGAAAUUGAUGAUGCUGAUAAGUUGGUAGAAGCAAUCAAAGCAAAGAAGAAUGGGAAGGCUGUUAUUGUAGGAGGAGGCUAUAUUGGUCUUGAGCUUGGUGCAGCAAUGAAAAUUAACAAUUUUGAUGUCAGCAUGGUGUACCCUGAACCAUGGUGCAUGCCCCGGCUUUUCACCUCUAGCAUCGCUGCUUUCUAUGAGGGUUAUUAUGCUAAUAAAGGGAUCAAAAUUAUAAAGGGGACAGUUGCAGUUGGAUUCACCUCUGACUCAAAUGGAGAGGUGAAGGAAGUUAAACUUAAGGAUGGCAGAGUUCUGGAAGCUGACAUUGUUGUUGUUGGUGUCGGUGGAAGGCCUCUUUCAACAUUAUUUAAAGGGCAGGUUGAAGAGGAGAAGGGUGGAAUAAAGACUGAUGCUUUUUUCAAAACAAGUGUUCCCAAUGUAUAUGCUGUGGGUGAUGUAGCCACUUUUCCUCUUAAGUUAUACAAUGAGUUAAGAAGGGUUGAACAUGUUGAUCAUGCCCGGAAAUCAGCUGAACAGGCAGUAAAGGCCAUCAAGGCAAGUGAGGAGGGGAAAUCAGUUGAUGAAUAUGACUACCUACCAUACUUCUAUUCUCGUUCCUUUGAUCUAGCAUGGCAGUUCUAUGGUGAUAAUGUUGGGGAUACAGUGCUUUUUGGAGAUAACAACCCACAAUCGCCAAAGCCAAAGUUCGGAUCUUACUGGAUCAAAGAUGGCAAGGUGGUUGGAGCUUUCCUAGAGGGUGGCACUGCAGAAGAAAACCAGGCUAUUGCUAAAGUAGCCAAGCUUCAGCCUUCAGUUGAGAAUUUGGAUGCCCUGACAAAUGAAGGUCUUUCUUUUGCCUGUAAGAUUUGAAGACUAGUAGCUCCCGCGCCCUUCCAAAAACAAAACAAAAUGACUGUUACUUGUUGCAAGAGGACUAUAUAGACAAAGACUUGGAUAUGUCUUUCAUUGGAUUGUGCUUUUAGUGCUCUUUGGAUUGAGUACAUAAUUCUGGGGUUUGCUUUAUUUUCUUUUGAAUGAUGAAUGAUAUGAUAGCAUGUUUACUAUAGGCUAUUGUUUUUGGUUGGUAUCACUGCCGACUGUGCAGUACCAAAUAAAUACCAAAUGCUUCGUAAAAAUCAUCUUACUUCGAACUGCAGCAGCUAACUAUUAAAACUCAGUUUGUUUUCUUUAUCAUAUCAUUGGUGAUUUAGCAUUCUUUUAUUCACCCAUUUGGUCAUAAGUGCUUGCUUCCUACAAAUUUUCCCAACGUUUUCCAAAUCGUUAGCCUCAUCUGAUAAUAAACCCCAAAUAUCUCUGCUGCUGGUGGAUGGCAAAUUUACCUCACUCGACCAUAGACAUUACCCCCAUCCAAAUGAUUCAAUAUUCAUUUAGUAUUAUUGACAUCAACUACUCGGUUUCCUCAAAUUUUGGAAUUUAUUUGGCAACCACAGUUUUUUAACCAUAAGGCGCACAUGAAUUCACAAAACAGAAUAGUCACUGUGAUUCUUUCAAAACUUACACAAUAAUAUUGCAGAGAAUUCAUAUACUUUUCUUCAAUCUUCAUCAUCAUUAGACGUGAGAUUCAAGAAAAUCAUAAUAACCAACUCUGAAAUUCCCAUGCAACAUUAGAUUUCAGCAAAAAAAAAAAGUCCACCAAAUCUAUGAAUCCAAAAAAAAAAAAA